GAGCUCUGUAUGAGCUGUUGUCGUUCGAAACGGAACGGAUAGGUGGGACCGAACACAGAGCAGGAAAAUAAGUGGUAGUAGCAGUGGGGAAGUAAUUCACAGCACUACCCCGGGACACUCAUCCCUCAACUUGAAUCGUUUUUGGAAGAUAGAACGUUUUCCCUCGUCUUCGUUACUGUCUGCGGAACAAGUGUCACUAGCAACAGACGGUUCUGUUGCUGUUUUGCAGCAGGUGACCCCCUCCCCUCCGCCAAAAUCCGUUUAUUAGAUGUGACCACAAGGUUGAUCAGGAGAAGCCACCAUGUCUUAAACCCAGACGGGCCCUCUGGAGCCCUGUCCCCCCACCCUGGAUCCCCCUCCCCUAUCCACCACCUUACCCCCUCUCCCAGCCCCAUCCCACUUCAACACCUUCCCCCACAUGUGAGGGACAGGCUCCCGGGCCCCGGCUCCCCGCUGGCACCCCACCCCCCUCCCUCCUUGGAGAUGAGCCUGGAGAAGCACCAGCCGCUGGCUGGUGGUAUCGGAGGGGUGAUGGGCUCUGACCGAGACCUGCAGUCCACUUCUUCCUCCAUCUCUCUGCCCUCUGUGAAGAAGGCCCCCAAGAAAAGGCGCCUUUCCCUGGCCUCUCUGUUCAGACGGCGAGGCCGGGAGCCCAAAUCAGGGCACCAGAGGGCCAGAGAGCUCCAGUACCCAGGACCUCUUGGGCUGGUGGGUGUGGAUGGAAUCGCCAGCAUUGAGAGCAUCCACUCUGAGAUGUGUCAUGAUAAGCACUCUGCCUUCUUCUCCGUGGCUGGGACCGGAGCUGCCUCUUCUGCUGCUGCCUCCACCUCAUCUGCCUCGGGGCCUUCCUCCUCUGCCAUCACUACCUCCUCCUCCUCCUCUAAGGUGGGGGGUGCGGGGUCGACAGAUCUACUGGAGUGCCCGCUGUGCCUUCUGCGCCACUCCAGGGAGAGCUUCCCUGACAUCAUGACCUGUCCCCACCGCUCCUGUAUGGACUGCCUGCGGCAGUACCUGCGCAUUGAAAUCUCAGAGUCUCGUGUGAACAUCAGCUGCCCUGAGUGCUCGGAGCGCUUCAACCCUCAUGACAUCCGCAUGAUCCUGGGUGAACGGGCGCUCAUGGAGAAAUACGAGGAGUUCAUGCUGAGGAGGUGGCUCGUGGCUGACCCGGACUGCCGCUGGUGCCCUGCACCGGACUGUGGCUACGCAGUGAUUGCUUUCGGCUGUGCCAGCUGUCCUAAGAUCACGUGCGGCAGAGAAGGCUGUGGUACAGAGUUCUGUUACCACUGCAAGCAGCUGUGGCAUCCCAACCAGACCUGUGAUGCAGCGCGGCAACAGAGAGCCCAGAGCCUCCGCCUGAGGACAGUGCGCUCCUCCUCCCUCAGCUACAGCCAGGAGAGUGGAGCUGCAGCUGACGACAUAAAGCCAUGUCCGCGCUGUGCUGCUUACAUCAUCAAAAUGAACGACGGCAGCUGUAACCACAUGACCUGCGCUGUGUGUGGCUGUGAGUUCUGCUGGCUGUGCAUGAAGGAGAUCUCAGACCUGCACUACCUGAGUCCGUCAGGCUGUACUUUCUGGGGAAAGAAGCCAUGGAGCAGGAAGAAAAAGAUUCUUUGGCAGCUGGGAACGCUUGUUGGGGCCCCCGUCGGCAUCGCACUAAUCGCUGGCAUUGCUAUCCCCGCCAUGAUUAUCGGCAUCCCCGUUUAUGUUGGGAGGAAGAUCCAUAACCGUUAUGAAGGCAAAGAUAUCGCCAACCACAAGAGGAACCUGGUGAUCGCGGGCGGGGUGACACUCUCUGUCAUCGUGUCCCCAGUGGUGGCUGCAGUCACUGUGGGCAUUGGAGUUCCCAUCAUGCUGGCUUAUGUCUACGGCGUGGUGCCCAUCUCUCUGUGCCGGAGUGGGGGGUGUGGAGUCUCCGCUGGGAAUGGCAAAGGAGUUCGCAUAGAAUUUGACGACGAGAAUGACAUGAAUGUUGGCAGCGGGGCGGGUGCCACUGAUACUACCUCAGUGGCAGACGCCAGGAACAACCCCAGUAUAGGUGAUGGCAGUGUGGGGGGGCUGACGGGCAGCUUGAGUGCCAGCGGCAGCCACAUGGACCGCGUGGGGGCCAUCAGGGACAACCUGAGUGAGACGGCGUCCACCAUGGCCCUGGCCGGGGCCAGCAUCACCGGCAGCCUGUCCGGCAGCGCCAUGGUCAAUUACCUGAACAGGCUGGAGGUGCAGGCGGAUGUGCAGAAGGAGCGCUGCAGUCUGAGUGGGGAGUCUGGCACCGUCAGCCUGGGUACCAUCAGUGACAACGCUAGCACCAAGGCGAUGGCUGGAUCCAUCCUGAACGCCUACAUGCCCCUGGAGAGAGAUGGGAACAGUAUGGAGGUCCAGGUGGACAUUGAAUCCAAACCCGGCAAGCUGCGGCACCACAGUGGAAGCAGCAGCGUAGAGGACGGAGGCCAUGUUGGCCGCUGCGGCUGGACCUGCCCUUCCAAUGGUUGCCCGUCCUCAGAAGGCAAAGGCACCUCCACAAAGUGGGCCAAAGAGGUAUCCUGCUCCUCCUCCAUCUCAGGGGCCAAAAAGAGCAAAGGCAAGCUGCGCAAGAAAGGGGGCGGCACCAAGAUCAACGAGACGCGGGAGGACCUGGAUGCCCAACUGCUGGAGCAGCGCAGCACCAACUCUUCCGAGUUCGACUCCCCCUCACUGAGCGGAAGCUUGCCGUCUGUGGCCGACUCUCACUCCAGCCACUUCUCCGAGUUCAGCUGCUCCGACCUGGAGAGCAUGAAGACGUCCUGUAGCCACGGCUCCAGUGGGGGCGAAUACCACACCCGCUUCGCCACUGUCAGCCCCUUACCUGAGGUGGAGAACGACCGCCUGGAGACCUGCCCGGCUUCUACUUCCUCUUCCCAGGGACAUGGAGCUGUGACCACCCCCCACUCCCCCACCUCCAGCACCUCAUCCCUGGGCCCUGGCGCAGAGCCCUCCCCUCUCUGCUACAUCACAGAGGAGAGUGUCAGCCUGGUGUGUCCUGCUGAGCUGGACUCUCACAGCAACACCAGAGAGCUGAAAGAGACCAACAACAACCACCCCCCCCCACCACAGCCCGCCCAAAGACAGCAGCAGCCCAAGAACUCCUGCAUACAGACUGACAUAUGAAAUCUCAACACCUGAAGUGCUGCACACGUGCUAUUCUGAGUUAACAUCUUUCCUCCGCAGACUAACAGCGCUCACCGACAGGUUCCUCCCUCUGGAGCUGCCAUGUUGUUUGGGGAUUUGUUGUCCUUCAUUAAAGCAGCUAUGAGUAAACGGAUGUGUGUAUGUCCGCUGAUGGGCUUGUUGGAAGUAUGACUAGCUGUCCAAAGUGCAGCCCUGUGAGAAGUUCUCCCUGAGCACACCCAGUGACACUUGAAACAGAGACGUGGUUGCUGUCCCGUUGAUCUGUGUAGGAUAAACCCAACCACUGUGCCAGCUCUGCUAGUAUUUAAUUUUGGCUCUAUGAUGCGGAUGCAACAGCAUGCAGAAACCUUAGUGUUAAUUUUUCCAGAUGUGAGCUCAAACAGGGACCAGGCAAUAUGAUUCACCAUUUCCUCUUUUGAUUUCCCCCCAAUCUUAAGUAACAGAAGAACCAGUUUGUUCUUUUCUGUAUUUAUUAUUAGAUUCUCCUUCCUGGAUGUUUGUUUGAACUGUAAUGUAUAAUCUGACAUCCUUCAUCAUUUUUGCACAAAAAAACCCGACUGAGAUUCUCUUUAGAUGGAUGGACACAUCUGAUCCAGUUUAGACCUGUAGCUGACAUUGCCUUUAACCCUCAGUGAGUUUUUUCUAGUGCUGAAAUGACUUGGGACACCCCUGCUUUGUAAGGCUCUGUGGAAAGCUUGUGAUUAUAUGUUGAGGGUGGGGGGUUGCUUUGAAAACGGUCUCUGGAAGGCCACUGUUUUUGAGAUAAUUGCUCAAAGACAUUAUAUUAAAAUUAACCAAUGGGUUGGUCAAUUCUGUGAAAUUGUAUAAAGAAAAUGUUUUGUCCUGUUCAAAGGGGAUUUAUUCAGGCUGAGUAAGAGAGAGCUUUGAUAUCUUUCUUUGUAACUCAUGGUGCCUUCAAGACUUGUUUGUGUUCUGUUCGUCUCCCCACCGUGUUGUUAACACCUCAAACACUCAUUAUAGGUUGCAGAAUGUCUGUCUGUGUAGGAGGGAUGCUCGUUCACACACAACAUACUGUGGUAGACUUGGUAAAUGAAGAAUUUUCAAUUGCCCACCAAAGACAGCACUUAGGCUCUUGUUAAAUCUUAUACCACUCACUUGUCACCUGUAGACGCAGUAUGCAUCCUUUGUCCACCGGGGGGUGAAUGAAUAGAAGCCCUGGGAUUAUACAGACACACACACUGCUUUUUUUGUACAUGCUUCACCAAUGCAAAUAUCUGAAGCCUCCCAGAGGCCCGAGGCAUCUGCAAUGUUAUCUGUAUUACUUAUUGCGUUGAUGUUCUGCAGGGCGCAGAGGUUAAUGGGGAGCUCGGUUCUGGGUUUCCUUUCCUGUGAUUUCUGUUUGUGUUGCCAAUCGGUGCUGCUGAGCAGACUUGAAGUUACAUUGAGUUUCCAACACUUGAAGCCUUCACUGCUCAGUGGUCAGCUUUACACCGAGCUGCUCAGAGGAACCUCUAGCAGGCAGCUCAGCAUCUUGAAUGGUAUGUUGACCCAGGUCUGUUACUGAAUGACCACUGAUUUUGCUUCGGUUGAUAAGGCUACAUGCCCCCCCCCCCCCCCCAUUAAAGCAAAAUGUUGUCUUGUCUCCCCGGGUUCGUUUCUCAUUCUUUACCAAAACUUCAGUUUCUUAUUUCAACACUAGUGCCAGAUAUAAUUUGUAAUUUGUGCAGAAUGGCAUAAGGUAUUUGUAUAUUUGUUUGGUCAUUUGCUUUACUUUAUGCGUGUAAAUGCAUAUCAGAAAAAUAAAAAAAGAUAUGAAG